AAGUAAGGGGUAAAAGUAACUUUUUAAUAGAAAUGAGAAGUGUUUUUUUAAGACGGAUAAAAAAAGAGUGGGGAAAGGUUAUGAGUACAGAGGAAGUAUUAUAAAGAGGUUCCGAUCGAGUUGGAGAAGAGAAUUAAUUGAUCAGUGCAGAUCAGAUAGACAUGAUGAGUAGGGGGGCGGCUGUGGUCUUCUUCCUAAUAAUUCAAAUUACUGUUCCGAUUCUGUUCUCCGCCGUGCGCAUAGAAGCUGCUUCUGGUUCGCCGGUGAAGUUUCUUCCGGGCUUCGAUGGCCCUCUUCCUUUUCAACUCCAAACUGGGUACAUUGGGGUAGGAGAUGGGGAGGAAGUGCAACUUUUUUAUUACUUUAUAAAGUCGGAAUCAAAUCCGAAAGACGACCCUCUCAUUCUUUGGAUCACAGGAGGCCCUGGUUGUUCUCCACUACGCGCUAUCAAUCAAGAAAUUGGACCAUUGCUUCUUGAACCAGUGGAGUAUGAUGAUGGGAGUUUGCCCAGGUUACUGCCAUACCCUUAUUCAUGGACCAAGGUUGCUAGCUUUAUUUUUCUGGAUUUGCCAGUUGGGACUGGAUUUUCGUAUGCUACAACUUCAACUGCUCUCCAAUCCGACAAUUUGUUGACCGGCACCAAUGCAUAUGAAUUUCUUCAAAAGUGGUUAGUAGAAAAUCCACAGUUUCUAGCAAAUCCUUUCUAUGUUGGUGGCGAUUCCUAUUCUGGCAUCACAGUUCCAAUCAUUACUGAAAUGAUAUCCAAUGGAAACGAGAGAGGAAUUAAGCCAUUUGUUCAACUUCAGGGGUACAUACUUGGUAAUCCCCUAACUUCUCCAGCUGACUCCAACAACAGAAUACCCUUUGCUCAUAGAAUGGCACUCAUCUCUGACGACUUAUACCAAGAGUUAAAAAGAGAUUGCAAAGGAGAGUAUGUGGACACUGAUCUUACCAAUUUACUAUGUCAGCAACAUCUGCAAACCUAUACUCAGUCGAUUGAAGGAAUAUAUCUUUCGAAUAUUUUGGAGCCUAUUUGUGUGACUAGUGACGAUGAUGAUUCUUUUUCUUCGAUUGAAGCAUCAGCAUCAUCAUCAAGACCGUUUCUUCCAACUUUACCCUCAGGCCAGCAUACAAGGUAUUUGUUUGACAAGUACUACAAGCAAAAACGACGACUCAAGAAUCCCGACUUGCUUCCUAGAUUGAAAUGUCGGGAUGAUUGGUUCAAACUGUCUGAAUACUGGGCCAACAAUGAUCGUUCUCAAGAGGCCCUUCAUGUCCGUAAGGGGACGAAGGAAAAAUGGGAACACUGUACCUCAAACUUACCCUUCACGCAAGUUGUCCGAAAUGUCACACCGUAUCACGUGAGGCUGAGCAGAAUGGGUUACAGGUCUCUUGUCUAUAGCGGUGAUCAUGACAUGGUCAUUCCAUAUUUGUCAACUCAUGCAUGGAUAAAGUCGUUAAAUUAUUCUGUGGUCGAGGAUUGGAGGCCAUGGAUGGUGGAAGGACAAGUUGCAGGGUACACAACGACAUAUGCCAAUCAAAUGACAUUUGCAACCGUCAAGGGAGGAGGUCAUACGGCACCGGAAUAUCGUCCUUCAGAAUGUUUGGAGAUGUUCAAAAGAUGGAUAUCUAAGAAACAUUUAUAAUCAAUUAGCAGCACAUUUGCACUGCACACAAAUUAAAUAAGGUUUGAAACAUUGAUGUUCGACCAUUAAUGUUCGUGGAACUUUGUAAAAACUUGAUUAUCGUAGAAGUGUGUGGUGGUAAAGUUCAAUCUCGUAACUUCUUGGUUAAUAAAAUUCUCAUUAUAAG